AUGAUAAAGGCUGUUCAUGUAGGCCAUAUGGGCGUUGAUAAAUGCUUACAACGAGCCCGUGAUAUAAUGUUUUGGCCGAAAAUGAGUUCAGACAUUACCGACUAUGUACUGAAAUGUGAUAUUUGUUUGAAACACAGAAAUUCAAACACUAAAGAGCCUUUAAAAAGUCACCCUAUCCCCGACAGACCAUGGCAGGUAGUGGGCACAGACGUGUUCACAUGGGAAAAUGAUGACUAUUUAGUCACAGUUGACUAUUUCAGUAGAUACUUUGAAGUUGACCUACUGACUAGCAGCAAAAGUGUUUCUAUAAUUAGAAAACUCAAGGUUAUCUUUUCAAGGUAUGGCAUACCUGAAAAGUUGAUAUCAGACAAUGCUCCUUAUUACGUAAGUGAAACGUUUAAGUCAUUUGAAAGUGACUGGAAUUUUAGUCAUGUGACAAGCAGUCCACUUUACAGUCAAAGUAAUGGACUUGUAGAGAAAACAGUCCAAACAAUAAAACGGCUAUUUAGAAAAGCCAAAGACAGUAAGACAGACCCUUACAUGAGUAUUUUAGAAUACAGAACAACCCCCUUGAAAUGUGGUAAAUCUCCAUCACAAUUAUUAAUGAGCAGACGACUACGGACAGUUUUGCCCAUAAACAGUGAGCAACUUAUGCCACAGAAAAUUGACAUAAAAGAUGUACGUAUGAAACUUAAACAAGAACAUAAUGUACAAAAGAAGUACUAUGACAGACAGUCAAAACCUUUAAAGUCAUUGACGACAGGUGACACAGUCAGAGUACAGUUUGACAAACAAUGGAAAAAAGGGACAGUAGUUGACAAACAGGCUGACAGAUCAUAUGUUGUAAGAACUAAUGACGGUGGUAUUUACCGCCGAAACAGAAAAUUCUUACAUAAAACUAAAGAUCAGAAUGACCCCUGUUUACCCCUUGAAAAUCUCCAGUGUUUAAAUGAUUCGGAUAAACUGGUCAAUUUUUCCCCACAAGUAACCUCACAAAGUUCUGAUAAAAGUUUACCAGUAGAAAAAUCAGUUAAUCUCUACACCACAAGGUCAGGUCGCAAUGUUAUCCCAAACAAAUACCUCAGCAACCCCAUGUGGCAAGUGUAA